UUUUGUAAUGGCCACCAUUACCCGAAGGUUAUUUUACAUUGCUACUGUUUUUUUUCUUUUUAAUGGAACUAAAUAAAUCUGUGUUUGGGGAUCUGGUGGCUAAUGGUUUGCAUCAAAAUAGCUCCGUUCCGAACACUGGAAAAAUCCUAUUAACAAAUCUUCACGGUUUUGUGUUGUAGGCGUAGCUUCGGGUAUACGUUGCCUUGACUGUCGCUGGAUUUGCAACGUUUGGAUGACGCUUUGCUGAAUGUCAUUUACGUUUAGGAGGAACGUCUGACUGGUGCUCGGGAACAACAUAUUUAAUCUCUUGAGUCUGCCUGAGAGUGAAUAGCCAGCAUGAAAACCAGAUCUAGUAGCAGAGGCAGAGGGGAAAGCUGUUCACUCAAGAGGACGAAUGAAUCAAGAGGAUGUGCAUCAGACAUCAGUCAAAGUGCACAGCAUGAUAAUACAAAUUCUAAUAAAAGUUUUAUAGAAUUGACCAAAAACAGCAGGAAAAGAAGGCAUUCUGAUGUUACAUGUAGCAGUAAGAAGGCAGCGACUAACUACCACGAAGAAUUGGAACAUGCCAGUAAGCAGGACCAGCUUACAAAUGUUCUAAAUAAAACAGUGUCAGUGGUGCUAGAGCCAUUUGAUAUGGAGAAGCAUAUGCAGGCUAAAGUUUCAAAUUGCAAUAAAAAGAAAUGCAUCAGAGAUGUCAAAAUAACUACUAAGAGUUCAAAUGGUUGCAGCACAGAAAAUCAAGAGAACUCGACAACAAGAAACAGACAAAGAUGUUUGCAGAAAUCCACUCAUCAUGAUGGCAAAGAACUACAUAAUAGUGAUCAGAAGAAUGUAGCAUCCCUCAGCUUGAGUCAUGAUGAUGACCAGGGGUUGUUGGAGAGUUCGACCCAUCAGAGCAGAAGACAGUUGUGGGAUGCUUCCCACAAAAUGAGUUCAGAAUUUCGUCGAGAACGCCGUAAAAUAUAUAAGAAGCCAGUUUGUAUAUGUUGUGUAGGAAAAGAUAACAACAGUGGAAAUGAAAUAAGAGUUCCAUGUGAUGGCUUGAAGGCAAAACAUAACAAACAUAUGGAGAAGAGCAUCAGAAAUAGUGAUGUAAAUAGAGCAGCCAGUAGUACCAAAAAAAGAAAAGCUGUUGUGGGUGCUUCUUACAGCGAAGUAAAAGAUGCUGAUUAUCAGUAUGGAGGCAGACCACUAACUACAGAACACAGCAGUACAAGCUCUGAAACUAUCACAACGCUCAAGAUGAUGAGUGAAGUAUUUAAAGAUGGCCAGUCAUCCAGAAACAGAGAGAUUAUUAACAGCCACGGUAGUAGGAGGUCAUUCACACCAACUUCAUGUUCUGUAGCCACAGCACCUUUGCAGAUGAGAGACAAUGCAGCUUCACAACCUGCACAUGCACUUACGCAUUUAGAAAUGCACCCAUACUUGCGUCGACGGUCAGCAUCAGCACCUCCUCAGUUACAGUUGGGUGACACUUUUCGAAAAACUGUUGAUGAGUUUGCCCAUUUACUUCAGGAUGUGGCAGCACAUCUGCAGAAAUGUGCUAAUAGAGUUGGUGAUACAUUAAGUGACCAAAGUUUUGAGCAUAUGGUAGCUAGCGUUUCUCACUCGGUGUCCAGCUGCACAUGCCAUUCACCUAUCGGAUGUUUACUAUAUAGCAUUCAUAUUAUGAAUGCAUUAAAAAGUAGACUGUCUGCAGAAUUAAAUGUGAUUUCACUAUCCAAUGGUGAUGCAGUACAGCCAGCAGCAGCAGGCAUGCAAUCAAAUGGGAAUUUAAUGGGAAGAUUUCAUCUAGAAGCAAGCAUCAAAGAGAAGACCAAUACAGAAGCCAGUGUAGAAGGAGGUAGUAUAUCUGAGUCUGCACCACAGUGUGAUGCCACAACAUUAACAACGAAAUCCAGAAACGUAUUGUCGACUGCUGAGACCUGCAUAAGCACAUCACACAGCACUUCUCUCACUGAAGAGACAAACGUCACACCAUCACCAGUAGGUAGCACUGAUAAUGCACAUAUUGAAGCAAGUAUCAGAGAAACAGCCCAACUGGAAGCAAACACAAAAGAGAGUACCAGCACGAUAACAUGUAUAACAGAAGACAGUGUCUCAAAGUCAGCAUCAGAAUAUGGUGCAACGUCAUCAUCAGUUGAGCCCAUAAUCAUGAUGUCAGCUGCUGGGACAUUUACUAGUACUAGUUCUUCACCCACUGGAGGCCCAAAAGAAAUCCUGGACCUACAUGAAGUGGAUACUGUAGUUUCUGAUCAGAAUAAUGUAAAUGACGGAGUGGAUGAUAGAACAGGGUGUGCCAGCUCCAAGAGUAAUUUAAUGUGUGGGAGUGCAGAACGAGAACAAGAUGGUGAACAGAAUACUUUUGACUCUGUCUCUCUCUCUAUGGAAGAGAUUGAAAUAAAGGAAGAAGUUGAAACCUCAGAAAGUGACAGUGAAUCAGAGUUGUCUGAAAAACAGUACUCACAAAAUGGGACAGAAUCUGAUGCUGCUGGAUUUGGUCCUGAAGGGGAUGAGACAGAUAGGGAUGAAAAUAUGGUUGAAGUUGAGUGUAACGUUGAUGUGGUCUCAGAUCUAAGUAACCACACAGGAAGUGUAUCACAUGAGGUAGAUCUGGGAUUAGAGGCACAGUAUGAACAUUACAACGAGAGCACUGGGAAUGUCGUUGCUGAGGAUGCUGCUAGUAAUGCAGCCAGCAUUGGUCCUGUUGUUGACUGUAGAGAUGACACUUGUGGAGUCAACAAUACUGCAUGCAAUGGAAAUCAGGACAUUGAUGGUGACAUGGGUUAUGGUGGCAACAGAAAUGAAGAUGGUGUUGGGGACAACACUGCUGAAUCUACUCAAGACCACAGUAAUGAAGAUGCUGGUGCCACCAAGGAGGGUGACAACAGAAAUGAAGAAAACGUUGGAGAUGCCAACAAGAAUACUGGUGCUCGGAGUAAUGGUUAUGCAUGGCUCUUUGAAGGGCAGCAUUCUGGUCCAGGCUUUGCAGGGCCUGACUACCGCCUAUAUCGGGACCCAGACAUCAUCCAUGUCCAAGCUUUGAUAUGCACUGUUCGAUUAAUAAGAUAUGGUGGACGUAAGGAGACAAAUGUAAUUUAUGAAGUAAGAACAUUCGAGAACGGUGCCUGGCAUGUGCAGCGCAUACCAUCAUAUUAAAUGUACCUUCUUUUUGUGAACAUUCUCUUGAAGCAGAAAAAGAUGUUUGCAGAAAUCCUCUCAUCAUAACAGCAAAGAACUACGUCAUAGUGUUCAGAAGAAUAUAGCAUCCCUCAGCUUAAGUCAUGAUGGUGACCAGGGGUUGUUGAAGAGUUCGACACAUCAGAGCAGAAGACAGUUGUGGGAUGCUUCCCACAAAAUGAGUUCAGAAAUUUGAGGAGAGUGCCAUGAAGUAUAUAAGAAGCCAGUUUGUAUAUGUUGUGCAGAAAAAGAUAACAACAUUGUAAAUGACAUAAAGAAUUCUGUGACAGUUUCAAGUGGACAGUCUGUGUUUCUAAGACAGUCUGUGAAUAUCCUAAUACAUUCCCCUCUCUGACCUCUAACCCAUGUCAUUCUUGGCUUUUUAUUUGUAGUCACAUAAUAAUUAUCUAGCUGUGAAAAGGAGUAGUGAAUCAUGAUGUGCAAAACAUACUUCUGCUAUGCUAACAGUGUCAGAAAAUACUGUAUUCUUUCUAAUGCAAUUAAAAAAAAUUUCUAUAAAUUAAAACAUUAUGACAACAAAUAAUA